CUGGAGCUGCCGCGGGCGGGCGGACGCGGAGGGCGGGCGCUGCUCUAGCGGGCCGCGUAGCGGACAUGGCGGGCUCCCGGCUCCCGCGGCAGCUCUUCCUCCAGGGCGUGGCGGCCGUCUUCAUGUUUGCCUUCGCUUCCCUCUACACGCAGAUCCCAGGCCUGUAUGGCCCCGAGGGCAUCCUACCUGCAAGGAGGACGCUGCGACCUCAGGGCAAGGGGCGCUGGCAGCAGCUGUGGGAGACCCCGACGCUGCUGUGGGAAGCGCCGAGACUGGGGCUGGACACGGCCCAGGGCCUGGAGCUGCUGAGCCUGCUGGGUGCGCUACUGGCCCUGGGAGCCCUGCUGCUGAGCCCACUGCGCCACCCCGUCAUCUACCUGCUGCUUUGGGCCGCCUACCUGUCGGCCUGCCAGGUGGGCCAGGUGUUCCUUUAUUUCCAGUGGGACUCCCUGCUGCUAGAGACUGGCUUCCUGGCCGUGCUGGUGGCCCCGCUGAGGCCAGCCUCCCACCGCAAGGAGGCCCCCCAGGGCAGGCAGGCAGGGGCCCUGCCCCACGAAGACCUCCCCUUCUGGCUGGUGCGAUGGCUGCUGUUCCGCCUCAUGUUCGCCUCAGGCGUGGUCAAGCUGACCAGCCGCUGCCCCGCGUGGUGGGGGCUCACUGCCCUCACCUACCACUACGAGACCCAGUGCCUGCCCACGCCCGCCGCCUGGUUCGCACACCACCUGCCGGUCUGGCUGCACAAGCUCAGCGUGGUGGCCACCUUCCUAAUUGAGAUCGCUGUGCCACCCCUGUUCUUCGCCCCCAUUCGACGCCUGCGCUUGGCUGCCUUCUACUCGCAGGUGCUGCUGCAGGUCCUGAUUAUCAUCACCGGCAACUACAACUUCUUCAAUCUGAUGACGCUGGUGCUUACCACUGCGCUGCUGGACGAUCAGCACCUGGCUGCUGAGCCUGGCCACGGCAGCCGCAAGAAGACGGCCACCUCCUGGCCCAAGGCCCUGCUGGCCACCCUGUCGCUGCUGCUGGAACUAGCCGUCUACGGGCUUCUGGCCUAUGGCACUGUGCACUACUUUGGCCUGGAGGUUGACUGGCAGCAGCGCACCAUCCACUCCAGAACCACUUUCACCUUCCACCAGUUUUCUCAGUGGCUGAAGACACUGACGCUGCCCACUGUGUGGCUGGGUGUGGCCUCCCUGGUCUGGGAGCUGCUGAGUGCCCUCUGGAGGUGGACCCAGGUGCGGGGCUGGCUACGGAAGCUCAGUGCUGUAGCCCACCUGUCCCUUGUGGGCACUGCGACCGUGGCCUUGUUCCUGAUCAGCCUGGUGCCGUACUCCUACGUGGAGCCCGGGACCCACGGGCGCCUCUGGACCGGGGCCCACCGCCUGUUUGGCGCCGUGGAGCACCUGCAGCUGGCCAACUCCUACGGCCUCUUCCGCCGCAUGACCGGGCUUGGUGGACGUCCUGAGGUGGUGCUGGAGGGCAGUUACGAUGGCCACCACUGGACGGAGAUCGAGUUCAUGUACAAGCCUGGGAACCUGAGCCGGCCGCCCCCGGUUGUGGCGCCCCACCAGCCACGCCUGGACUGGCAGAUGUGGUUUGCAGCCCUGGGCCCACACACGCACAGCCCGUGGUUCACAAGCCUGGUCUUGCGCCUGCUGCAGGGCAAGGAGCCAGCCGCCCACCUACGUCCGAGCCCAGCGCUACAAGUACUGGUUCUCCCAGCCUGGGGAGCAGGGCCAGUGGUGGCGGCGCCAGUGGGUGGAGGAGUUCUUCCCGUCCGUGUCCCUGGGGGACCCCACGCUGGAGACGCUGCUCAGGCAGUUUGGGCUACAGGUAAGAGGGUGUCAGCCAGGCUGGGGGAGGUGGCAGGGGUGACCCCAGCCUCCCGGGGUGAACCCGGUAAGCGCUUCCCCAACCUCCCUCCCUCCCUUCCUCCCUUCCUCCCUCCCUCCCUCCCUUCCUUCCUCCCUCCCUCCCUCCCUUCCUCCCUCCCUCCCUCCCUCCCUCCCACAGGAGAAGAGCCCGCCUCGCACCCGCAGCGCCAACAGCACCCUGGCCCAGGCCCUCCACUGGACUCGCACUCAGCUGUCUCCCCUGGAGGCCCCCGCCCUGCUCUGGGGGCUCCUCAUGGCCGUGGGGGCUGUCAGAGUUGUGCAGGCCCUGCUAGCACCCUGUUCUCUCCGGUCCUCCCCGCUGGCACAAGUCAGCGGGGAGAAGCGCAGGUCAGCCUCCCAGAAAGACUCUGGAGCUGCCUCUGAACAGGCCACCGCAGCCCCCAACCCCUGCUCCAGUAGUUCGAGGACCACCCGGCGAAAGAAGUAGCUGUGUUCUCCCAGCCGCACGUCCUGAGAGGGCCAGGUCGCCGGGAUUGCUCUGGCCUCCGGCAGGACAGGACCCAGCCACUGUGCCUUAGCUGACCCUGCAGGGCCGGGCACAGGUUGGGGGGCUGCCCCUGGGGUUUGCAGGGUGCUGCAUUGAGGGCUCCAGGCCCCACCCCCACGCCAGCCAUGCCCCUCCCCAGGGCUCCCACUGUUGCCUCUGUGAUUGGCCCAGGAGGAAAACACGACCAAGCUCAAGACCCUUCCCCUGCCCUGGGCUGUGGGGGUCUGAGUCUAGAGCCCCCCACCCUAGGCCCUGUGCCAGAGGGGAAGAGGCUGACUCCCAGGGGAAGAGGGGAAGCACUGUCAUCUUCCACGUCAUCUUCACACCAGCCCAUCCUGCCCGUUAGAUCUGGGCACCAAUAAAGGCGUCUUUUGUGCUUGGC